AUGAUCCUCAACCAUGCCAUCCAGAUCUUUGUAUCCGGCGAUGGCAACGGCAUGAUCCUCAACCACGCCAUCCAGAUCUUUGUGUCCGGCGUGACACCUGUUGCCAGCGACCUCAUCCCGACCGGCGUUGUCGCGCCUGUCGCCAGGACGCCAUUCGACUUCCACAUCCCCGCCAUGCCCGGCGCGCACAUCGUGGAGGUGGAGGGAGGGUACGACAUCAACUAUGUCCUCGACGGCGCGGCGGACGGGAAGGGGGUGCAGAAGGUGGCGAUGGUGAACAAGGCGGACUCCGGGUGGGUGAUGGAGCUGUGGGCCAACCAGCCCGGGCUCCAGUUCUGCACGGGCAACUUCCUCAAGGGCGAUGAGGGCAAGGGCGGCACCGUCUAUGCCAAGCACGGUGGGCUGUGCCUGGAGAUGCAGGUCUACCCGGACGCCGUGCACAAGCUGGGGUUCCAUGCCAAGGAAAGAAGAUAG